AUGUCUCCAUCUUCUCCGUUGUCAUCUCUUACUGAAGAGGUGACUGCGUCUGCUCCUUGUGGCAAUUCUAGGGCUGGGGUGGUCGAUUCACAGCCGCCUUGUGUUGAAGGUAAGUCUUCUCAAUCUGUUUCUGUGUCUUCACCAAAACGUGUUACUCGUUCUUCUGUAGUGUCAUCGUCUCCACCUGGUGAGUCCUCUCCAUUGCCAAACACUAACCCACCAGCUCCUUCUCCUCCUAAGUUUCCUUGUGUGUCUAAGCAGUCAUCACCCAAACCUCCCAAGACACGGUCUAGAAUCAAGUCAAAACCCAAACCCCAUGUCCCUGCUCCAUCCAAAGGAAAAGGAAAAGUGUCUGUUUCAUCACCUCCCAAAAAAUCCUCUGCUCCAAAACGUAAGUCCAAAAACCCUAAGUUUGAACCUUCUGCUAAAAAAUCCAAGCGUGUUUCUGGCCCUAAGGAUUCUGUGUCUAUUGUUGAUCCUACCUCUAUUCAGUACUUUGUAGAUGCUACUAAGGCGUCGCAUUAUCAAAGAUGGUUUGCUGUGAGGGAAUUGUGGCUUGAAUACUCUAUUGUUUUGGAGGAUUUUCCUGAUUUAGUUGCCCUUUAA